AUGAAUGUCCUCAAAUCUCUGUUCGGGCAGAUGUGGGGUAAGCCCCGCCUCUCCACCACGUGCUCACCUGCAGGAAACCCUUCCAACCCAGAAUUGAUUCAAAUCGAUGCAGGUCAGCUCUACCUCGUGCGACCGGACAGCAUCAAGGGCUCCCGGGAGUGCAUCUUCACGGACUGUGUCACCACUAUCCGUCGCGCAGGGCCUGACUUCCAGUACCAGCUCGUUGUCACCCGCGCGUUCCAGGAGGGUGAGGUGCAACCCGAGGAAGACGCCGAGAGCGACGAGGAGCGCGUCUUUUUGAUUGACCAGGCCCUCGGGUUCCGCUUUGGCUCCUUGGACGGAGACGCCACUUUCGCCUGGCGUGACAUGAGUGGCGACGAAGGCGACCUCUGGGAGUUGAUCGCAAACAAAAAAUUCUUGCAGUCACACGAGCUUGCUAGCGAAGACGACCUCGAGGCGCUCAAGUACUAUGAGGAGCCCACGCCCAGGUCAGCACCUUCCUCGCCGAACUCGACCGCGACCCGUGGCCUCCUUGCUGCCACUGCGGCAGCUACUUCCACUGUCGCCCCAGCCAGCGCUACCGCAGCCACCGAGCACGAGGCGCACGACGAUGAAGCACAGGGCGAGGGCGAGGACCCCUUUGAGGGAAUCCCGAUCCUCCACCGUGCUCCGGCUGAGCUCUACCUCUUCGACCUGGACAUCGACUCCUUCGUUCUGCAGGAGAAGGACGCCACCGUGGACAUGGCAUCCAACGGCGAUUACGACACUUGGAUCAUCGUUCGCAAGAACAACACUCCGUUCAUCUCGCUUCACAUCGACUCGGAGAUGAACCCUCGUUUCCAAAUCGGUCCUCGGGCUUUUAUGUUCACGUUCCACGAGACCGAGGGCCUCCCCGGCAUGACGUGGUGCCUUCGCUUCAGCGAGGACGUGUUCCCCGAGUGGAAGGACAAGUUCGCCAUCUACCUGUGGGAGAACAACAACAAGGCGCCAUAUGGCAAGGAGAAGCCUGUGGAGCAGCGCUACAUCCAGGACGCGUAUGAUGAUGGCGACAUUGAGAUGGCAGACGCCGACCAGGAGGCCGAGCCUGAGCCUGAAGAGGAAGAGGACGAGGAGGACUAUUCCGAGGGUGAGGACGACUACGAGGAGGAGGACAGCCAGGACGAGGUAUUCGGCCGCGAAAGCAAGAACGAGAUGCUCGCGGUUGGGUACAAGAACGACAUGUCGUUCGUUACGCGCGGCAACAUGAUUGGCGUGUUUGCGCAUGAUCGCGACAAGGUCAAGUUCCGCACUGCAAUCGACCGCAUCAAGGGCAUGGACGGCAAAAACUUCACACCAAACAAGAUCAUGCUGCACAACCAGGACGCUGACAUGCUCAUGCUUGACCCCUUGCAGAAGAACUCGGUGUACCGCAUGGACCUCGAGUACGGCAAGAUUGUCGACGAGUGGAAGGUUUCGGACAAUGUCGAAGUCAACAACAUCAUCCCAGAUUCCAAGUACGCUCAGAUGAACCCUCAACAGACCCUUAUUGGCCACUCUCACAACGGCAUUUUCCGUAUCGACCCGCGUGUGGGUGGUAACAAGUUAGUCGAGUCGCAGUUCAAGCAAUACGUCACGAAGAACGACUUCUCGGCGGCUGCAACGACCGAGUCGGGCAAGCUUGCGGUUGCCUCCAACAAGGGUGACAUCCGCCUGUUUGAUACCAUUGGCAAGAACGCCAAGACUGCGCUUCCGGCUCUCGGAGACCCUAUUCUCGGCAUCGACGUGUCAGCCGACGGACGAUGGGUUGUCGCGACGUGCAAGACGUAUCUGUUGCUUAUCGACACGCUGAUCGGGGAUGGUCGGUACAAGGGGUCGCUUGGUUUCGACCGAAGCUUCCCCGCAGACAGCAAGCCUAUUCCCCGCCGCCUGCAGCUCAAGCCCGAGCACGUUGCAUACAUGGAGGACCCUGUGUCGUUCACGCCCGCUCGCUUUAACACGGGCCUAAACGAAGCCGAGAAGACGAUUGUGACUUCCACUGGGAAGUACAUCAUCACGUGGAACUUCCGUCGCCUUAAACAGGGCCGCACGGACGACUACCAGAUCAAGAAAUACGACUCUCGUGUUGUUGCCGACAACUUCAAGUACGGUGCGGACAAGAACAUUAUUGUGGCGCUCGAGCACGAUGUGCUCAUGGCCAACAAGAGCCAACUGUCGAAAGCCACGCGCACCUCUCUGGCGCCGUCGCGUGCUUCGCUUACGACUCCGGUGUCCCAGUUGCGCCAGGGCGGCGAGUCUCAUAGCUCGAUUGUCAACAGCCCUUAUUGA